AUAACAGUUUGACAGUUCGCCAUCGAAAAACCACAAUUUUCUGUGCUCUCCGGUUUGCGUGUUGCAUUUAGACGAAUUUGGACGACAUUUUUUUUCUCACUUAAUCACAAUUGAGUACGAUAUCAAAAAACAAACAAACAUUGAUUUGCUCGCGAAAAAAAAUCGAUUUAUCUUCAAUUGGUUUCGAUACAUCGUAAAAAAAAUUUGCAGCCAAGAAAAAGUGAAUAAAUAGCGAUAGGAAUUGAGAGCAAAGUGAACUUAGAAUUUAGGUGCAAGAAUCACAGAGAAACAGCAACAAUAACAGCUAAAAUGCCGCCAAAGCCAAAAUUUGCAGACGGUGAAAGAGUUCUGUGUUUUCAUGGUCCAUUGUUGUACGAGGCAAAAGCAUUGAAAAGUAGCAUCACUAAGGAUAAACAAGUCAAAUAUUUCAUACACUAUGCCGGAUGGAACAAAAACUGGGACGAAUGGGUGACUGAGAACCGUGUGCUCAAAUACAAUGAUUCGAACCAACAGAGACAAAAGGAGCUGACAAAACAGUAUAGCGCUAAGAAUAAAAAAGUACCAGCAACAAAGCCAAAGAAGCCUGACACGAAUGCAGCGGGCAAAGACAGUGAUUCACGUGCAUCAACACCGUCAAAAGAUGUGACACCGACCGAAAAGACGACACCAAACUUGAAUACAUCGUCAACAUCACGAAGCCGUGCACCGAAGCCAGCUUCAGCUACAUCGGCAACCAGUACACCGAAUCAGGAACAGAAUACAUCGCGCGAGUUGAAACGGGGUGGCUCGGAACGUGAUAGCCGAGAUGAGGGACCAAAGAAUAAAAAGCGAUUGAAUGAUCCGAGUAUUGAGGCAGAUGAGACGUUCCACACAAAGACAGAGGUAAAAAUCAAAAUACCCGAAGAGUUGAAGCCAUGGUUGGUGGACGAUUGGGAUGCCAUCAAUCGGCAGCACAAACUGUUGGAGAUUCCGGCCAAAAAGACGGUCAAAGAUAUCAUCGAUUCGUAUAUUCAAAUGAAAAAAUCGAAUAAGUCAAAGGAUCAGGGUAAAGAGGCGGCCGUCAUUGAUGUUAUGUACGGUUUGGUGACUUAUUUCAAUGUGCUGCUUGGUUCACAAUUGCUCUACAAAUCGGAACGGCCCCAAUAUGCCGACAUUCUCAAAGAGUAUCCAGACACACCGAUGGCCAAUCUGUAUGGUUCGUUCCAUCUGUUGCGGUUAUUUGUGCGCCUUGGUUCGGUGCUCGCAUACACGGCACUCGGUGAGAAGGAUAUCAACAGUUUGAUGCAACAUGUGCAGGACUUCCUAAAAUAUCUGGUGAAAAAUAUCGGCAUCUACUUUAGUAUGCAACACUUUGUCAACGUGACACCAGAGUACUCGCGAAAGGCACAAUAAAUUAGCCAAUCACCAUCUCUACGCAUAGACAUUAAGCAUAGCCACUAAGUUUUCCAAUUGGGACCGUUUUCUCUCAAUUUUGUUCUCUUCAUCAUUUCGACGCCAUUAGUCCCUAUUUUUGUAUUAUAUUUUUGUUUGACAAUUGUUAUAAACGAAAUGGAGAUGAUCAUUUUGGCCACACCGUCGACUAUUUCAAACGAUUUUCAAAGGAAAUGAAUAUAAAUCUAUCGUCGUUGUACUUUGCCAAAAUGCAGUCAGUGUGUCUCUUGACUCACAAAUCAAAAUGAUUUAGUAUUUUCUUUAGAAAAUGAAAUAAGGCACAUCGAUCAUGCCCGCUUUUUUUGUUGUUGGCCCUUUGAAAAAAAAAAAACAAAUAAAUAAACACACACAUGAAUUAUA